CUCAAAUUCAUCUCAUUCCACAUUUAACCCUACAAACCGACCCAACACGAGAUCUUGAGAAAAAAGGGGUACCUAUCAAACAAAUAAACAAGUUUACAAAAGCUACAAAACCAGUAGAGGACAAGAAGCCUAACAUGCCUUCUCAUUGGCUUUAGCUUUUUGCCUGCCUGUGCUAAAGUCAUUUAGGUAAUAUAGAACCUGAAAGAGCGUGCGAGCCCUCCGGAAAUAACCUUGAAGAUUCAUGGAAACAUCAGGGCAAUGUGCCACCAUCCAAUAAUUCAAUGCCACACGUGGUGUAGCAGCAGAUUACUUUGCUGAUCUGCAGAAUUCCCUUUUCAAAACUUUUCACCACCCCCAUACUGGUUUCUAUAUAAACCCAUCAAGCUCUCCAGUAUUUGCUUCAUGUCAAACACUGCUCCCACAAUAUCAGAUAUCUCCUCUUGAGUUCCAGCUCUUCUUUCAUAUUUAGUUUCUCAUUGUAUUUGAUAUAUAUAGUUGUAACUUACAAGGUCGGUGGCGAACAUGAAGAACGGGGCUUCAGUGGUGUUGAAACAGAUCAUUGCACUGCUGACUUCCAUUGCGAAAACAAAAUCCAUGGCGGUCAAGAGCAAAACAAGUGCCUUGAAGUCUCGCAUACUGAUGUUCUCAUUCUUGAGGAGCAAGAAGGUGUUGCUCCACUCCAUAUCGGAAAAGAUUCACAGCAUUCUGGGGCAGCAUGGGGGUGAAGACGAGGUGGGUGAGCAGAGCAAGGCUGUGGUAGUCCUUCACAGUGAGGUGGAGUGGAGCCCAAGCCGCAUGUAUCAGGUGGUGGAGAGAGCAGAGGAUGACGAUGACAACGGCAUUAAUAAUGAUGACGAUGGAAAGUACCCAGAUCUUACUCACUGUCUGUUUGAAGAGGAGGAGGUGGACAUGAGGGGUGGAUCCAUUAUAGAUAUGGUGAAGAAUGGGAAGGAGGAGGGAGAGGAAUUCAGAUUGGAAGAUGAGAUUGAUCAUGUGGCUGACUUGUUUAUAACGAGGUUCCAUAAACAGAUGCGCAUGCAGAAGCUGGAGUCUUUCAAAAGAUAUCAAGAGAUGCUCCAGAGAGGUGUCUAGUUGAUGGAUUCCUUAAUUAGCAGGGAAGGACUGGUGUAUGUGAUGAUGUGAAUGGUCUUUUCAGUUUUCACCAUUAAUUUUUUAGCCAGUGAGCUGCAUCAGAGCCUGAUAUGUACUGGUGUAAAGUUUUGUUUUUCAAUAAAAAUGUCACACUACUAAUAUUUGAAAUUUUUGAUA